AUGUCGAAUAUCGAUCUCGAAAAUCCCACUGGCCCUGGAUCCGCGCAUCGCGACGGCGACUCCGGACGUAUACCACCCCUGGCCAUCGUGCUCACGCUUCUCGGCCCUGAACUCAUUCAAAAAGCGUUUACUGUCACGACUUCAAUUUCGAAGACGGAGUCUCCGUGUUUCGGUUCCGGGUGGCUGGCUUAUAGCUUGUCACUCUUGUCGUCAGUCACGUCUGGCAGUGGUGAUUUGAUGCGGGAACCGGAGUGCGAUGUGCAGGUUUUGGACAUGAAGACGGGGAAGAAACGGUCGAACAGGGAGUUUGCUGUUGCAAGGCUACUCCGCGAUCUGGAGUUUCGCUCUGUUCCGCCCAGCGUCGAUGGCAAGUUUGACCAGGAUAGCGAGGUCGUCGUUGAGGUCCUCCAGCCCACUGGCAUACCCUUCUCCGCUUCCACUUCCCCCAGAAACCUACUGCAGAGUGGUAGCUUAAUCACCGCAAUCCUCCAAUUCUGUCUUGCUGGCGCAUUCUGGUUGUACUACGCCGAUCUCUCACCCCUCCUCCUACUCAGCAUAUCAAUCUUGCUUAUCGAAGCUACCGCCAGCCUACCCGUCUGGACUGCUCAGAAAAACGCUUCCUUUACCCGGCACAGUCAGAAAGGCGCGUACGCACUCAUGCGCGACACCGACUCCCCACCCAGCCACAUCUACAUCAUCCAGCCCUCCUCAACUGCAUUCACCAAGACCGAAAGCACGACCACACAUCACGACACAUCCACCAACGCCUCAAACCCCUGUGUGGCACCCAUCAUCCUCAUCGCCGGCGCUUUCUUGAGCCAAGCCUUGCUCUACACCCAGCUUUCAGAUGACGCAGCGAUUGUUAUGCUGCUUAUCAUGUUCCUUGGUACGAUUAGUAACCUUGCUAUCGUUGCUGCGCCGCGCGUGCCACAGGUCGAUGGCGUGAAACUGGGAUCUGUUGGUGUGAUGAAGGGGGAGGGGGGUGUUGUGGAGGUUUUGAAGGAGGUUGAGGCGGUGUUUGAGGGGUAUGGGGAGGUGCUACUGAAGCAGUGUUUCCCUGAGAUGAUUGAGAAAUGGGAGGGUGGAACGGAGAAAGGCGGGAUCGGCGAGAUGGAUUAA